UAUACUGCACAUAAUGCAUGUUGGUUGUAUUAUUAUCUGCUUUAUCGGAUGGCAUCUUAUAGAGGACCUAAAGGAGGGUCCUUGUAAUACUGUCACAUUUUCAAGAUGGCUGCCUCCAUCACAGGUUUAUUGAAACCUUGGACGCCAAGGGUGAUCUUGGUGAGAUGGAGCAGGUACAACCCGUACUACCUGGAGCCGGAGAUUCAGAGGGAGGCUUACAGCGUUCCAGAUACAGAGCUGACCACUGAAGAGAAGCAGCAGCGCGAGCUAAAGGAGCUUAGACCCAUAAAAGCAGCCACCAGUGGGAUUACUAGUUCGGUUUUCUGUGACCCAGUAUUAAGUAAAUUCAUCAACAUGAUAAUGAAAGGUGGAGACAAGGUUUUGGCCAAAAACAUCAUGACGGAUACACUGGAGCACGUGAAGAGGAAACAGGUGGAGAAGUACCACAAGGCGCCCCAGGGGAAAAGAGAGGACAUUGAGUGUAAUCCGUACACCAUCUUCCACCAGGCCCUUGACAACUGUAAGCCCGUCAUUGGGCUGGCCAGCAUACAGAAGGGAGGCAAGUUCUACCAGGUUCCCAUCCCUCUUACUGACAAUCGCCGGCGCUUCCUGGCUAUGAAGUGGAUUAUCACAGAGUGCAGGGAGAACAGACACAGGCGCACGCAUCUCUAUGAAAAACUUUCCCAGGAACUUCUGGCGGCCUUUGUGAAGGAGGGCAACGUAAUUAAGAAGAAACACGAGCUACACAAGAUGGCAGAAUCCAACAGAGCCUAUGCCCACUACCGCUGGUGGUAGUCAGUUUAGAGCGCCCCCGCUAUAAGUGUGGGUUUAAAACAAGACAAACUCCACUGGACUUGAAACACACUGACUGUACCCCUGCCCCGGGUGCAGUGGAAUCCAUUCUGGGUGGUGGAGUACCCACAAUUCAAUUGUACAUCAUUCAUCAUCGUAAGCCCAACUGUAUUUAGACACUUUUUUGUAUUGCGUGUGUAUGAUGUAUAAACUUGCAGUGACAAUUAUACAA